AUGGGCCCGGCGCGCCAGCGGUGGCUGAGAACUCGCAGGAAUUAUCGCCCCUCCCGAUCCCACCGCAAGACCGCCCACGACAACCGCAAGAUGGCUGACUCCUCCGUUACCGACCCCCAAGUCGCUGCCGACCUCAAGAAGAAGCGCACGUUCCGCACGUUCUCGUACCGCGGAAUCGAGCUCGACAAGCUUUUGGACCUGAGCAACGAGGAGUUCGUUGAGGUUGUCCAUGCCCGUGCCCGCCGUCGGUUCCAGCGCGGUCUCAAGCGCAAGCCCAUGGGUCUCAUCAAGAAGCUUCGCAAGGCGAAGACUGAGGCUGCCCCCAACGAAAAGCCCCCGGUCGUGAAGACCCACCUUCGUAACAUGAUCAUCGUCCCCGAGAUGAUUGGCAGCGUCGUCGGCAUCUACAACGGAAAGGUCUUCAACUCCGUUGAGAUCAAGCCCGAGAUGGUCGGCCACUACCUCGCUGAGUUCUCGUGCUCAUACCGGCCCGUCAAGCACGGUCGCCCCGGUAUCGGUGCCACCCACUCCUCGCGUUUCAUCCCUCUCAAGUAG